CGGCUGUCGGGAUGUAAGGAGCAAUGGCGACGGUCGAGGCGGAUUUGGAGCCAGAGUGAAGCUGGUCUGACCAAACAGAGCCGGAGACAGGUUCACAUCCCGUCACCUCCAGCUGAACUCUCAGGUGCAGAAUGGAGACUGAAGUGACAGUGUCCUCCUCAUCCAGCGGCGUCACGCCCUCCGCUCCGCAGACGUUGACCACUCCGGCCAACCUGGCAGCAAAACAGCGAGACGGCAGGAAAAGCUCAUCCACGACGCCAUCCUUCCUCUCCAACCUGGGGAGGGCCACCCUGCGCGGCAUCCGCAAGUGUCCACAGUGUGGCGUCUAUAACGGCACCCGAGGGCUCAGCUGCAAGAACAAGGCCUGCGGGGUAUCGCUCCGAAAUGCCUCAGCGGGAGGUAGAACCAGGAAGAAAUGUGCGGUGGAGGUGGUGAAGGUGAUAAUAGACAGCGAGGAGAGGGUUGGGAAGGAGCGCGACGGGGGAGGAGUCCUGGGCGGCGGCUCAGGCGGAGGAGUCCAGGUGUUUUCAGUGUGUCACAGAGGGAGAGGAGCCACGGCUACCCAGCUGGGCUUCGUUGAGCUUGUCCCUACCGACACUGCCAUAGCAACUGGUGACGGCGCCACCCUGCUGACCCGCAUCAACCUGGGCCGCUGCUUUCUGCCCUCUUGCAGGCAGGGUCAAAGGUCAAAUCAGGGCGAGGCAGAAUCAGGGGCGGCCAACUCCAAGCAGUCUUCCGACAGCCUCUGCGUCCACAUCAAACAAGCCAUAGAGUGUCAGAGCCGCGCGACCCCGCUGACCUUAAAGAGCUCCGUGCUGGAGGGUUUGCAGGCCUCCAUCCAGGCCAGGGAGGAGCUCUGGAGGCUGGCCACAGAGUCCCCGGGCCCCCUGGUGCAGCGCGUUUCCAAAGACACACUGGUGGUGAAGUGCCACACGGAUUCCCAUCAUCCCCUGGGCCUCCUGCAUCUCACCGUGGGUGCCGCCGGACUGUCCGAGGUUUCCAAGAGCGAGAGGAAGGGCAGAGAGAUGCAGCAGCACAGCUUUUUCCACUGUGCCUGCCAGAUCAGCAGCAGCAGCAGCAGCAGCAGCAGGAGGAACAAACCUGGUGUUGAUGGAGCAGGUGGAGCCUCCAGCUUUCACUCUCCUCCCAGCUCGGCCACACCACAACCCUGCCUUCACUUCUACGCCUGUGUGUGCGCCUUCGCCAGCGACGAGAAACUGGCUGCGGAUUUCGCUCCUUUCAUCGGCUACACGCCCAGUGCUGUGCAGCAAAGUUCUCCCAGUGGCUCAGCGGGUCACAGCGAGAAGCCCCUGCAGCAUCAGGCCGAAGUAGCCAGCUCUCAUCACAAAGCAAAGAAAGUUCGCCUGGAGGAAUCUCUCUCUGCGCCCCCUGCCUCUGGCUCGGGGAGAGAGGGAGCGUCAGCCUCCAGCCUGAGGAGAGCUGGUCAGAGGAGAACCCCCCAGUGGGCUGGUGGGCUGAAGGUUUCAGGGGGUUCGCAGGUUGUGGACGAGCGCACAGUGACCUUGGGUUUCCAUCAGUGGCUGGCCAGUGUCACAGAGAGGAUCCACCAGACCAUGCACUACCAGUUCGAUGGGAAACCACAACCUCUGGUGUACCACAUUCCUCAGGAGUUCUUCAACGCGUUGCAGCAGCGUCUGUCGCUCGGAUCGAAGAAGAGGAGGCUGCCAAACUUCACAACAGCCUCUGUGAGAAACGAUGGACUUCCUCUCGGCUCCUUCUCCAAGUACACCUGGCACAUCACCAACCUCGUGCAGGUCAAACGCCUCUUCGACACGCCAGAGCUGCCUCUGGAGGUCUAUCAGAGUUUUGUGAAAAACAUAGAUGGCUCUUAUUCCCGUUUUCGCUGUCCCGAGCCUCUUCCCGAGCCAGAACUACCAGAGGGUUACAGGACAGAUCGUCCGCAGGCCAUACGACCCAUGGAGCUCCGCACCUUCCUCAAAGUCGGACCCGGCAUGUCGGCAGAUCAGAAGGAGGCCAGUCCCUUUGUGAUCGAGUGGAUCCCGGAGGUUCUCCCUCGCUGUCAGAUGGGAGAGCUCAGGAUCAGCUUUGAGUUCGGCCACCAGAAGAGCGGUCAGCCGGAGAGCCAAUGUGAGAAAAUAUGCAUGCCGGAGAAAGGGGCGCGCAACAAGUCCGAGUCCACCCAAUUGAAACACUCAAAGGCUGUGGACGUCCUUCAGGUGGUCGUCUAGACGUCCUCCAGCCUCCUCCUUAUAACACUGUGUUAACAUCUCCUGAUUUUAACUGCAACGUGUCUGAAAGAGAUGAAAUAUAGAAAUAUAUCUGACUCAUAUAUCCAUGUUAUAUUAUGCAAGAUGUGGAUAAUCGUCCGCAGCCCCCGUCAAGUAAUAUAAUAUUGUUUAACAGUAUUAGUUUGUUGUGGAGUCCUCAUGUUAAUGCCUUUUCCCUAAUGCUGAAUAUGCACAAAGUAAAGAAGCUAAAGAAACUAUAUAUUUAAAAGUUAUUUUUUAUAUAUGUCAAAGACGGAUCAUAUGACCAGCUGAGAGCAUUGUAGAAUCGUGUGUUUAAAACUAAAGGGAAUAGACUAGAUAACUUUUCCUAACAGUGUGAAAACCUACGUGUACGUUUAAACUUUCAAAGAUAGAAUUUUUUGUUUGUUUUCUAUGUAAAGAUUAAGAAAAUAAAUUGCAUUCAAU